AAAGAUCGCAACUUUGGUUGAGUGGUCGAGCACAACGUGACGAGCAUGGGCGACGUCUACGCGCUGGACCUCGAGGCGCUGAGUCGCAUCGCGGGCGUGCCCGAAGAAGACCUCGUCGCGGGCCUCCAGAGCGAGUCCAAGCACGUGGUCACGGCGCCGCAUGCGUUUGACGGCUUUGUCGUCGGCGUCGACCAGAUCGUGCUGCAUCCCUCCGAGACGACAUCACUCUUGCCCGUGACACGGCCACGGACGGCGAAAGCCAAGCUCAAGACGGCGGUGCGAACCAUUGGCCGGCUCCAAGUCACGGCGAAACACAUUGUCGAGCGGCGAAAAGCUGCGUUUUUAGAAUCCACGACGCCGCUGCCGCUGCCAGUGCCCGCGCCGCUCUUGUUGACGUCGCGCAGUGCGCUCUUGAUUCCGGUGGCCGAAGACGCCACCGAGUAUGUGCUCGCCGUGCCCGACUCCGCGCCCUCCGACGUGUACCUCGACGAGAGCACCGAGGCGGCGCUCGUUCGGCGGUUCUCGCAUCUCCCGACAAACAUCACGCACGUGAGCGUCGAGACCGUGUACGACAGCGGGUCCGACCAUCUCAUGCACGUGCAGCUCGUCGUCGAGAAGCGCGUGCCAUUCGUCGGAUACGCGCUCCUCAUUGCCGCGCUCCUCACUAUCUCGUCGCUCGGCGCCGCGCUGGACCUCCAAGCCGGCGUCGACCCGUUCGUCAAGCUCUUCUGGCGCACAACCGCGUCGAUCCUCGGCUUUUUACCGUUUGCGUUUUACUCGGUCCACGCCUACGGCUGGCCGCGCUGGACGCCCUCGCUAUUGCUGCUCUUCCUCUUCUCGUGCGUCUCGUAUGCGCUCUUCCUCAUGACCUUUCUCUGGUCGCUCAACCACACGUCGAUCGGGCACGCGUACAUCUUCAACAACUGCCACUCGCUCCUCAUCGUGCUCGGCAAGGUGCUCCUCGGCAAGCCCGUGCUCGCGUUUGAAGCGCUCGGGUCGGCCCUCGGUAUCGUUGGCGGCGUCGUCACGACCCUCGAUCACUCGAGCGUCGACGUGGCGUCGGGUGCUGUGCCGCCGUCGUGGCAAGGCGAUGUUGUCGCGCUGGUCGGCGCCGUCGGCGGCGUCUUCUACCUCCUCACGGCCAAGAAACUCCGCGCCGACAUCGAUGUGUUUCUCUACAUGACGCUGCUCUUUGUCGUGACGAUGCUGCUGCACUUUCCCGUCUUGUAUGUCCUUGGGAUCCCCAACGACCUCUGGAGCAUCGAUCGCACGAUCGGACUCUUUGGGUGGGUCCAAGCCGACCGCCUCGGGAUUGAGCUCUACCUCGUCUUUGUGUGCACGAUCAUUGGCACGAUGGGCUACAUCAGCGUCAUGAAAUACUUCGACCCGAUUGUUGUGAGCGUCGUCAUGCUCCUCGAGCCCGUGCUCGCCACGGCGAUUGGCGUGCUCCUCGGCGUCGAUAGUAUCCCUGGUGUCCUCACGUGGAUUGGCGGCAUUCUUGUCAUCGCUGGCACGUGUCUCGUCGUGCUCGCAGCCAACAAGAAGACCGAGGCCCACGAUGCGACCGAGGCCAUCAUUGCCACGUCAUCGAGCCAGAAAGGACCCGUGCACAUGUGCACCGUGUCCACGCGCCGUGGCUAA